GAGCUGCCCGUGCUUUUUCCUCUUCUCCAUUCUCACACUCUUCCUCUGCACCCCUCCCCCUCCCAAACUCUCUCUCUCUCUCUCUCUCUCUCUCUCUCCGCCCCUUUGCUAUUCUCACCCCCAAAUUUCGCCCAAUGCGCCCAGAGUCGGCGCCCUCGGCAUCUCCCCGCCGACUUUCUCCUUCGCCGGAGGCCCCUUCGCGAAGCUCCUGCUCCGGGUAGUGUCGGUGGACCUAGUCUUCGUCCGGGGACCUCGUCUUCCUCCCGAUCGAAACCCUAAUCAGGGUUUCGGAUUCUUCUACGAGGGAUCACGAGUUCGGGAUUCGUCGCGUUACUCGGCUUUCGCCCGAUUUCGGUGGAUUUCUCCCCUGUCGUGUAGGGUUUCGGGGCUCGAUUUGGACGAUCGAAACUUGUUGCCUUGUUUUCCGUUCGGAAGAUCUCUACUAUGGCGAUCUUAAGGGUCCGGUAGUUAACUUGCAGCGAUUUCUCUUCGAUUUCCCUGAGAUUUUGUUGUGAUUUGUGGGGAUCUUUGAGAUAGUCGGGAUUUUUGAUGGUUCUCUGAAGAAGUGCGAGAAGUCCUGUAGAGGAUGGGAUUGGGACCCGAUGAGGUGCAGCUCGAGGCGUGGGAUAGUGUCGGGAAAUCGAAGGAGAAAGGGAGGAGGAAGAAGAAGAAGGAUGAGGCGAGGGAGGAGACUGGGUGUUGGAUUAAGUUCCGGCUGAUGGGGAGUUGCAUCUCUUCGAGAUCCAAAGUGGAUUCAUCCAUCAGCAGCGCCAGCACUCAUUGUGGUAGUAAAUCAACAAAUGAUGGUAGUAGGGACCAACCGGUUGCACCAGUACUCUCCGGUUCUACAACUACUAGCAAUGCUGAGAGUAUUUCAUCAGCAUCUAAAGCGGGAGAGGAAUUUAAAGUUGCAUCUCAGUUGCGGAAAUUCACUUUCAACGAGCUUAAGGCUGCCACCAGAAACUUUAGACCAGAGAGUCUUCUCGGUGAGGGAGGUUUCGGUUGUGUCUUUAAGGGAUGGAUUGAGGAGAAUGGAACUGCUCCUGUGAAGCCCGGUACAGGGCUUACUGUUGCUGUUAAGACACUCAACCACGAUGGACUUCAAGGGCAUAAAGAGUGGGUGGCGGAAGUUAAUUUUCUUGGUAACCUUCUACACCCGAAUUUAGUGAAGUUGAUUGGAUAUUGUAUUGAAGAUGACCAAAGGUUGCUGGUGUACGAGUUUAUGCCUCGUGGAAGUUUGGAAAACCAUCUCUUUAGGAGGUCACUGCCUCUCCCGUGGUCCAUCAGAAUGAAAAUUGCACUUGGUGCAGCAAAGGGCCUUGCUUUUCUCCACGAAGAAGCGGAAAGACCAGUAAUAUAUCGUGAUUUCAAAACAUCCAAUAUUUUGUUAGAUGCGGAAUACAAUGCUAAACUCUCAGAUUUUGGUCUCGCUAAAGAUGGUCCUGAGGGUGAUAAAACUCAUGUAUCGACUCGAGUUAUGGGAACAUAUGGAUAUGCAGCUCCUGAGUAUGUCAUGACUGGACAUCUAACAUCAAAGAGCGACGUCUACAGCUUUGGGGUUGUGCUAUUGGAGAUGAUGACGGGCCGAAGGUCCAUGGACAAAAACCGGCCCAACGGGGAGCACAACCUGGUCGAGUGGGCCCGUCCUCACCUAGGAGAAAGGCGGCGCUUCUACCGCCUCAUAGACCCUCGCUUGGAGGGCAACUUCUCCAUCAAAGGGGCCCAAAAGGCAGCACAGCUGGCACAUGCCUGCCUCAGCCGUGACCCCAAGGCCCGCCCUCUCAUGAGCCAAGUAGUCGAAGUUCUCAAACCACUUCUCAACCUCAAGGACAUGGCAAGCUCCUCUUACUUCUUCCAGACCAUGCAGGCCGAGCGCGCCGCCCAUACUGGCAGCACAAAUGGGCUAAAAUCACAGAGCUCCUUCACAAGGAAUGGUCCACAGCCCAUGAGGAGCUUAUCGAAUGGUCCGCAUGCUUCUCCGUACCGCCAUUCGCCGAAACCCGGGGGGAGACAGUCUUAAGCCAUAGGGUCAUCGUUCUCUGUUAAUUGCUUUUGCGAAACUCUGCCUGGUUGAAACUGCGGGGUUUGUGGGCAUGUGAUGAUUUGGAUUGCCAUAUAUAACUGGUGAAGGGCGGAUAAAAAAAAACUCUUGCUGGUUUUCAUGUGGAUAAAGCUUGAAGGCUACAGGGUACUGUGCUACUUCUAUGGCGGAUUAGUUAUGUGAAAUGUUACAUUGAAGGAUAUUUAUGUCGAUUCCUCUGUUUCCUUUAAACUCGUUCAAGGUAAUUUUAAGUCAGCUUUAUAUAUAUA